AGUCCCUCGGUGGCACCCGUACAUUAACGUUAAAGUCAGACGUGUAUCUAACGCCUAUGAGCGUCAAAAUCCGGAAGUUUCCAACCAAACAGCAGCAACAUGAACGAGUCCUAUGAGCUAUCGCUUGAUCGCGACUUGUUUGUCUGAGACAAUUUACUAAUGAAUUUGAAAGAGAAUGUCAACCAACUCAACGUUAUCCUUUGGAAAUCAUCAACAAUAUCCGGUGAUGGAUAGUGAGACAGGCGUCAUGUCUAUCGACCAUGGAGGAGAGUGGGACAUUUUGUUUGAUGAGUGGAACAACUGGAGAUCAAUGGGGCUUCGGCCCUGGAGCUGCCGGUCAGGCCAGUGAGCUGGACUUUGAUAUCGACAUACCACCGUGGAAUGAAGUGGACACAAGCAGCACCUGCACAGAUGGUGAGGUGAGCCUGGACUCUCUGUCACCUGCUCACACUCUGAGCUCUGUCCCCUCUCCUACUUCUGUGGAAGCCCUGUCCCCAUACUUCUUACAAGAUGAGGCCCUGUCUCCACAAUCACAGUCCUCUUCUGUUUCAGUCUGCUCAGAGUCGAGUGGAUUUUCUGUAAUCUCUCCUCCAGCUAAGAAAGCUCCAAAGAGGACCAGCCAGACCGCCCGAGCCAGACAAGCCCAGCCAAUCAAAAGGCCGAUUCAGAUUGGCCAGAGGGUCUCCAUCCAACCGAAACCGCUGAUUACAGCUGUGCCCCUGGCUCAUGCAUCAGCUCCCCUGCAGGCCAAGACAAUCAUCAUCCAGCCCCUGCAGACUGCUGUACUGCCUGUGGUCAAACAAGCACCUAUCAACAUCCAACCAGCACCCCCUCCAGGACAUACCAUAGUGCUGUCGCAGCCAAGCCAGGUGCUACAGAUCCAGACAACACGGGCUGUCACUACCAAUGUGGUCACAAUGCCAACGCUCAGCCAGGACAGGCACGUUCCUGUCGCUGCUCCUGCCACGCUUCGAACCCCUUCCUCAGAUGAUGAAUCCAAGUUGGGACAGAGGCAGCAGCGCAUGAUAAAGAACCGCGAGUCGGCAUCCCUGUCUCGGAAAAAGAAGAAAGAUUAUCUGCUCUCGCUGGAAGCUCGCCUGAAAGUGGCGUUGUCUGAGAAUGAGGAGCUUAAGAGUGAGAAUGGCACGCUCAAGAAACAGCUGGAGGGCCUGCUAAGUGAGAACACAGUCCUGAAGGUAACGGCCCCCAAGAGGAGAGCUGUGUGCCUCAUGGUGGUGUUGGUGUUUGUCAUGCUUAACAUUGGACCAAUGAGCCUUUUUCAGGGGGCCCGGGCUCCAGCCUCCAUCCCGGUGGAAAACACCUUUGGUUUCUCCCCAAGGCGAAACGAAUUUCUGCGUUGCAGCUCUGAGGAUAAAGCCCUGAUGGUGGUGAAGGAUCCCAUCUUCCUCCGACCACCUCCCCCCUGCCAGCCUCCUGUUAACAGGACCAAGUGCAUAGAGUUGGCCCAUGAGUUGAGGGGCUGGGUCCACCGUCAUGAAGUGCAGCAGACCAAAUCCAGGCGCAUGAGUAACAGCAAUCACAAACCAACCAGGACUAUUCUGAAAACAGAGAAUAAGGAGGCUGACGGUGCCCAGAUUGUGACGGUCCAAUACACCGAAACUACUGAGGAAAAGAAUCCCGGCAAUAAACUGCAGAUACUACCACCUAAAUCACACCCUACGGGGGACUUCUUUGAUGAGAUAAAUUUCUUCGUGGAUCAUCUUCUACUUCCUGCCACCAACCACAACAAAGGAAGUCGACCCAAGAUGUCUCUGGUAUUGCCAGCCAUGAACAUAAACGACAGCAUCAUAAGGGACAAAGACUACGAGGUAAUGAUGCAGAUUGACUGUGAAGUAACGGACACCAGGAUCCUCCAUAUCAGAUCUUCCACCAUCCCGCCUUUGCUCCGGGUCAACCGCACAGGCACGUUUUAUCAGCACUCAUCGACAGACAGCCAGGCUGCGCCUCCUGUCGGGGUGCUAAUGGGCUCUGCUUAAGAUCAUCCAACAGUUAUUAUGAGAACUCCUUAACUAAACCCAAGAAGACAAACCGAAGAUAAUACCUCAGGUAACACUCUUUUGGUGGGAUAAAGUAUAUUUUAAAUCUCCCACUGACUUUUAUUUAAAUUUGAAUUAAAUGCAAAGGUGGCUCAAAUUGACGGUGCAAUUUUUCGUUAGAACUGGUAGCUGAAGUAGUCUGUAAAAGGCUCCGAGCAGACGCUAGCUCCUUGUGUGGCAAAACUGACUUCUCUCUGUAACCCCAGAUGCCCCACAUAAGAGUAAUUGCUUAACGGCAGGGGGCUGAGCAUUGAACCUUGAGUCACCCCGUCAUAACACAAAUACUUUUACCCCGUAGCAGCUCUUCUCAUGUCUGCGCUUUCUUUUUGGGUUCUUAAUUUCGGGAGCAAGCUGCAAAGCCACAAGAGAAAACUGAAAAUGAUUAUACACCCGAGAUUGGUAUCACUGGAAAGGCAUUUGUGAUAUUAAUGUGUAGACAACGUGUUCUGUGUUUGUAUCAGAGCUACAAAAUGGAGUAGCUGUCUCUUACUCAUUUGUAGUCUGUUUGCCCCUCUAAAUAAAGCACAUUGUGAGAACAGUGAAACAGUAAGAGAUGCCAGAUGAUUAAAAGUAAGAAUAGGGCAUUCAGUAAACUCAGGAAGUCAGGGGAUCUGUGAAAGCUAGGAGGCUAACCACUAUGUUGUUGGCUGGUUUCAAUUAAUUUAAGGAUUUCAUUUGGUUUGUUUUUAGCAUUGUGUUGCUGAAGAAUUAGAAUUUUUCCUCAUGUCUAAUUAUUAUGCAUGCAUUUUGGGAACUUUUUAUUGUAAUCCACUCCCAAAAACCGAAUUACAUAUUGUAUAUGAAAUAACAAAUGGAUUGGAAGGAAAAAUACAGUAAAUGUUAGAACUAGGAGAUUUUCAAUGGGUGGACAACCUGAGAUUUUAUCUUCAUCAGAUUUGACACCCACCUUAAAACAGCCUAUGUUUGACAUAAAACCACUGGUGAAAUAAGCAAGUCCUGACUUCUCCGUCCGUGGGCUAAAUUGCACUUUUAUUUUAUGCCCAUAUUGGUUUAAAACUGUUUGAUGGAGUUGCAUUAUCUGAGUUUUUUUGCACUAUAAGUGCAGAACCUGGGAAGAUAUGGCUUUAAAUUCCUCAUAUUAUUGUUUAAGUUAAAUUGAUAAUAAAUGAAUGAUACAUCAUCAGAAUUAGUAUCUUUUUGUAUAUGUUGAUAAAGCAACAUACCUUACUUGUACCUGAAAGUGCAUUUAUUUUAGCCAAUAUAUGAUUGUACAGAUGAUUAUGUUUUAGCUCAACCGAUGCCCAUAAAAACAUGCCCUUUACUUGUUUUCUUAAGCCAGGCCGUCUGUGUGUGUAAUUGUUUGCCCUCUUUGGUUUAAAAAAUGUAUUUGAUUCACCGCAUUGUUUUUACUGCAUUUAAACAGUACUUAGGUUCCACGCAAGACUACAGUUUAAAAACUUGAGUUUUUUGUUGUUGUAUUCUAUUAUGUGCAUAAACACUGGAUUUUACUAUACAUUUGUGUGUCUCCUUUGUGUUGCCAGGGGAAAUUGUAUGACUGUAUUGUUAGAUUCUUUAACAAGUACAAUAAAUUGACUGUUUUGAGUUUUUCUUCCACAAUAACUCAAUUUACAUCCAGUAACAGUAAAUUAAAAGCUUGCACAAUAA